CGCGGCGCCUGCGCAGAAGGCUGUAGACGCUGUGAAGCAGGAGGCACUUGGGAUCGUACGCAGGAUUGGGACUGCUACAGAGGCCGCCACGGAGCCCGCCGGAGCCACCGUUCCUACUGCUGCUGCCGCCGCUGCCCGAAUCGGAACCGUCGGGCCGCAGCCGCCGGCAAUGCCGCGAAGGAAGAUCUCGAGCACACAGACAGUUCAGAGAGUGAUGGCACAUCCCGGCGAUCUGCCCGAGUCACCCGCUCCUCAGCCCGACUAAGCCAGAGUUCCCAAGAUUCCAGUCCUGUUCGAAAUUUGCAGUCUUUUGGCACUGAGGAGCCUGCUUAUUCUACCAGGAGAGUGACGCGUAGUCAGCAGCAGCCUACCCCAGUGACUCCGAAAAAAUACCCUCUUCGGCAGACUCGUUCAUCUGGCUCAGAAACUGAGCAAGUGGUUGACUUUUCAGAUAGAGAAACUAAAAAUACAGCUGAUCAUGAUGAGUCUCCACCUCGAACGCCAACUGGAAACGCCCCUUCUUCUGAGUCUGAUAUAGACAUCUCCAGCCCCAACGUUUCUCACGAUGAGAGCAUUGCCAAGGACAUGUCCUUGAAGGACUCGGGCAGUGAUCUCUCUCAUCGCCCCAAGCGCCGCCGCUUCCAUGAAAGCUACAAUUUCAAUAUGAAGUGUCCUACACCAGGCUGUAACUCCCUAGGACACCUUACAGGAAAACACGAGAGACAUUUCUCUAUAUCAGGAUGCCCUCUUUAUCAUAACCUCUCAGCUGAUGAAUGCAAGGUGAGAGCACAGAGCCGGGAUAAGCAGAUAGAAGAAAGGAUGCUGUCCCACAGGCAAGAUGACAACAACAGGCAUGCAACCAGGCACCAGGCACCAACAGAGAGGCAGUUGCGAUAUAAGGAAAAGGUUGCUGAACUCAGGAAGAAAAGAAAUUCUGGGCUGAGCAAAGAACAGAAAGAGAAAUAUAUGGAACACAGGCAGACCUAUGGGAACACUCGGGAACCUCUUUUGGAAAACCUGACUAGCGAGUAUGACUUGGAUCUUUUCCGAAGAGCACAAGCCCGGGCUUCAGAGGAUCUGGAGAAGUUAAGGCUGCAAGGCCAAAUCACAGAGGGGAGCAACAUGAUUAAAACAAUUGCUUUUGGUCGCUAUGAGCUUGAUACGUGGUACCAUUCUCCCUAUCCUGAGGAAUAUGCACGACUGGGACGUCUUUACAUGUGUGAAUUCUGUUUAAAAUACAUGAAGAGCCAAACAAUACUCCGCCGACACAUGGCUAAGUGUGUGUGGAAACACCCACCCGGAGAUGAGAUAUAUCGCAAAGGUUCAAUCUCUGUGUUUGAAGUGGAUGGCAAGAAAAACAAGAUCUACUGCCAAAACCUGUGCCUGUUGGCCAAGCUUUUUCUGGACCACAAGACAUUAUAUUAUGAUGUGGAGCCCUUCCUGUUCUAUGUUAUGACAGAAGCAGACAACACUGGUUGUCACCUGAUUGGAUAUUUUUCCAAGGAAAAGAAUUCAUUCCUCAACUACAAUGUAUCCUGUAUCCUUACCAUGCCUCAGUACAUGAGACAGGGCUAUGGCAAGAUGCUCAUUGAUUUCAGUUAUUUGCUUUCCAAAGUGGAAGAAAAAGUUGGCUCCCCAGAGCGUCCACUCUCAGAUCUGGGGCUCAUAAGCUACCGCAGUUACUGGAAAGAAGUGCUUCUUCGUUACCUGCAUAAUUUCCAAGGCAAAGAGAUUUCUAUCAAAGAAAUUAGCCAGGAGACAGCUGUGAAUCCUGUGGACAUUGUCAGCACUCUGCAAGCCCUUCAGAUGCUCAAAUAUUGGAAAGGAAAACACCUAGUUUUGAAGAGACAGGACCUGAUUGAUGAGUGGAUAGCCAAAGAGGCCAAAAGAUCCAACUCCAAUAAAACCAUGGAUCCAAGCUGUUUAAAAUGGACCCCUCCCAAGGGCACUUAAAGUGACCGGUUACUCCGAGCCAGCGAACCCCAGCAGUAGGAAUCCGUACCCUAGGGAUCUGUCUGUCAUUUCUGUUGCUCUUGUGAUUGGCAAGUACAGUAUCCUUUGGGAAGGCCAUCCCCCUCAGGACUGUCCUGGCUCCGACCCUCGUGUACACUGCAGACGCUGGUUCUGAGGAACUGUUGUUUCGGCCUCAGUGAGGUUGCCUGGAUGGGAUCUGUAUUAGACUUGCGUGCAGAUCCCUCGUAGCACUGACCCAAGGUGUUCUGUUUUGGUACUGUACCUGUCCAGUCACUGGUUCUCUCCUCUGGCCCCAUGAGGUUGUGUCGUGUCUUCUAAACUUUGUAAUAGUGCUUCUUCUUGCCGCCCAGUCACCAGACCACCAACUACGGUUACCGCCACCAGGACCUUCCCAGUUACUCCUUACCUGUGUUCUUGGAGGGGCAGGGAAGAGGUAACACUUCUGAGUGUGUGUGUGUGCUGGGAGGGGUCCCUUCCCUUUGGGUUUCAUCUCACUUUAAGUUUUUUCCUCCAUUUUUACUGAAAGACCUGUUCUUGAUCAGUAUCAGGCUGACCAGAGCCAAAUACUUUUGAAGACUCGCAGGGAUUAGUCUUGGUUACAGCACAUUAUCUGAAUGAGAUGGAGAAAAGAAUUGAGAAGUGGUGAUUCUGUAUUUGGAUUUGAGUUCACCUGUGGGCAGUGGGCAACGUCUUGGUGGAAGGGAAUGGAAUACUACUUUUUGCCUCACCAGAAAGUGCCCAGUAGUAAACAUUUUCUUCUCUUUACUCCCUGCCUGUCUUUACGUUUGCAGGUGCCAAAAUAAUUUCCAGUUCUCCCUUUCAUGCUGCAUGUUAAAUGGUUAAUUAUACUGCAGAAACCUUUUCACCAGUAUCAGUCUGAUAUAGCAUACCUAUACUUCCACAUAAGUUACACUGCUUUUGUCUGAACAUCCUUGGAGAAGUGAUUGAAAAUGACUUCCGUGUCUCAGCCCAUGACUCAGCAAGGCAGAAUGGCCACCCCUGCCAAGGUUUGCUUCCCUUUUCAACAGUGCCUCACCCUCCCUCUAAGACUAAAGUGCUUAUGCCCUUCCAAGAACUCCUCCUCCAUUUCCUUUUUGGGAUUUACCACCAUCUCCCCAUUCUCUGGUCUCCUAUUUUUGGUGUUGUUUAAGUGAAGGAAGAGAUGCUCCCUCUAAUUUCUCUCUAGCCCAUUAUAACCUGCUAUCUUGGGGCAGCUUUUGAUGUAUGACAUGUCACCCUUUCCAACUUGGUCUCCUACAACACCGCUGUCUUCAUGUGGAACCCUCACCACAAUCCCAACUCUGGUCAUUUGUGCCUUUCUCUUGUCAUCUUUGUACACUACUUAUAUUCACUGUGGGUUGGGGGGAGCUAAUUUUAAGCAUGUUCAGUGGCAGCUCCCUGCCAGUUUCAGUGUCACUGUUAAAAUUUAUCCAAAAGCAACUUCACUGGGGGUUUUCUUAAGGGGUAAAGGCCUUUUACAGAAGCUAAUCCUUCCCCACAUGUGGUAGAAUGUGCUGUUCUAUAUCUACUCCUCAAUAAAGCAUGUUCUCUGCUCAA